GCGACACAGCCGGGAUCGACCUCACGGCUUCUUGGUCCAGAGUUCAAGUUCAGCCAAGUUUUUACUAAUUAUGUAAACAGUUAACCAAAGACGAACUAUUUUUAUAUAUAAUGACAGCCAGAGACAACAUUGUACAACAAAAACUCUGUGAGUUCGUAUAUACUUGUUUUAAAAAGAGGGAAGAGGCAUGUAAAAAAUAGUUUUAGUAAUAGCAUAGCUCUAAAUAUUUUUAUUCAAUUGUUUGAUUGUAGCACUACCUGUAAUAGUAUCUAGUCUUUAGUAUUCCAUGCAAUACUAUUGAAUCACUGCAUUUAUCCCAUGUGGGCAGGAACAUGCAAAUAAAGAUCUUGACUAAUAUCACCCCGCCAAAUAGAACGCGGUAAAAUGGGAGUUAAAAUAGCCUUUGUAUGACGUAACACUUCCCAAAUCAACGUUAAGUUCCCGAUACAUUCUUUUUUGUUGUUGUUGUUCAGAAAGAAAAUAGCGUCUAAGAAACAUGACACCUGCUUAUAGAGUUACGUUCCUCUUUAACCAAUUUAACGUUUAGUGACACAAGAUCUCUUCAGAACACAAUGAAUGAAGUGCUAGAUGUGUUGUACGAGCGUGUCCAGAUCUAGCGCAUCGGCUACACCAUGACAAGUAACUACCAGACUUUCCUUCUAUUGGGUCUUUGCUGUCUAAUUUGUCAGGCCGAUGAAGGUAUCAACUUGACCGUUUCUGUGUCUGAAAAUGCCAAGAUUGGAACAGGCGUUGUCAACUUGCCGACUUUGUUGGGAGAGGAGAAAGCGGAACUUCCGUGUGUGAUGUUGGAGGGUGAUCGCUAUGGCCGCUUCUCUGUGAGUACGAACUGCACAGUUGUGGUGGCCAGGCCACUGGACUGGUCAGUACAGUCGGAGUAUCUUUUAAAGGUUCGUGUCGGAGGGCUACAAGACCCUGGUCACCAUGUCGUCAGUAUCAAAUUAAAUGUGAGAAACGUUUUGGGCUAUCCUCCUGUGUACAACGAGACGUGUGAAACACCGGUUGAUCUAACCAGAAACCGGUCUAAUGAAUUUCUGUUCAGUGUUUCGCUGAAUAUUGAAGCUGAGACGAGUGCCGGAGAUGUUGUUUCUUACGAGACGACAAUUAGCAAGCCUCUUGAGAGAUGGAGCAUGGACAAUAAUAAAUUUGUGAUCACAGCAGAUAACAACUGUCAGGCUCGUAUGGCAAUCGCAGUCGGUAGUCUGAAAGACUUAGCCAUUGCAUCAGAACUGUAUCAGAGGGCAUGGAAUCUUAACAUAUCAUGUAGUGCAGAAUCUGAUGAUAUGCAGCCAGAGCUGUUAAUAGAGCUUUUUUACAAACGCGAAUGGCACAAAAUACGUUACUUCGAACAAAAGUUCCCUCAAGUGAUAGACAAACUUCAGAAUCCGAUGUUUAUCUGGUUAUUUUCCUUUGCAUUUACGACAAAAAGCAAAACGCAUGUGUGCGAUUUCCCGUCAUAUCUGAGUUCAUUCAGGAUUCCUCAAUAUAGUGUACAACAUGUUCAAACGCUAACAUUUGAUUUGACAUCGAUCGGAUGCGGUCCCAGUAAAUAUGGCAUUCUUUGUGAUCAGAUCUGCAUCUGUAAAAAUGGUGCCCGUUGUCACGGCUUCAAUGGUGCCUGCAAAUGUACAGCUGGGUGGCAAGGUGUCGCCUGUGACAUUCCAAAGCCUGGUGUUACUGCAACAACGACACCAAGCGACAAUUCUGAUAUCUACAUUUCCGCUAACGUCACUGUUCACUGUCAAGUCCAUCACGUCAGUGCCACAAUGUUAGCAUUGCGACUUCCAGACGGAUCAGAGAUUGCUAGGAGCAAUGCUACUCGAUUAGAACAAACUCUUUUCAACAUACAGUUGAAAGACAAGGGUCCUUACAAGUGCCAGGCUUCAGGCGAAUAUGGAAAUGCCUUCAAUGCAACCAUUGUACUUGACAUUGCCAAGUGUCCUCCUCAUCGAAAAGGCGAGCUCUGUGACAAAGCUUGUGACUGCCUCCAAGGCGCGACUUGUGACUGGCGGGAUGGUUGCCUCUGUCCCCCGGGGUGGACGGGAACCAGGUGUCAGGCAACCUGCCCGAACGGCACCUUCGGCGAGCGGUGCCUGAAGACGUGCCGCUGCUUUAACGAUGCGAGCUGUAGCCCUAGCGACGGCAAGUGUACCUGCACGGCAGGCUGGUACGGACUGCAGUGUGACGUACCCUGUCCAAGAUACAGGCACGGCCUGGGAUGUCAAUCGACCUGCACCUGUAAGAACAACGCCACCUGCGACAACGUGGACGGCAGCUGCACGUGCGUGGCGCCCUGGACAGGGAAGAACUGUGACGAAAAGCAAGCAGAGCCACUGCUAGAGAGCCUUGUGCCAAUCGGAUCAAUGAUCGUACUGGCCGGUUGUGUAGCGACAAUAAUAAUGCUGUACAAAAGGAAACAGGUGUGCGGCAGGGAGCCCGAUAGAGAUGGAGAGACCGAAGCUCUACUGCAGCUGGAGCAGGUGGAGUCAGAUCUGGCGCAGGCCGUCCGGCCGGGCUGGCUCAGGCGCUGGGGCACGACCAGCCGACAUCUGACACUCGGUCAGCUGAUAGGUAUGGGCAGGUUCGGUCACGUCAUUCGGGCCAGGCUCAAGACAUCUGCCGGGGACGUCACGGUUGCUGCCAAGGAGGUUCGCACACGAGACGGGCCGUGUUACCGCAGCUUCUUCAGGGAGGCAGCCAUCUUGGUAGCCGUGCACGAGGAUCGGCAUCACGACAACCUUCGCUCCAACAUCAUUCAGCUGUUGGCAUUGGUCAAUGAGUCAACCAAAAAAUACAUCAUCAUGCAAUACGCUUCCAAAGGCUGCCUUUUACGUUUGCUGCAACAGACACGACGGCAAAACGGACCACAGCCUCUCCCAUAUACUAGUAAUCUCCGCUACGCCGUGCACAUUGCCCGCGCUCUUCAGGAGCUCCAGCGCCUGGCGCUCACUCACGGUGACGUGGCCGCUCGGAACGUCCUCAUCACUGCUGACGACAUGGCCAAACUGGCCGACUUUGGACAGGCCGGUGACGUCUAUACCACUGUCCAACACGUACCUAAUGAAAAACGUGGCACAGAACCGGCUGACCGAGACACAAACAACGGAAUUGAAGUGUUGCCGUUGAACUGGAUGUCUGUGGAGUCUUUAGAGACAGGCGAGUACACUUGUCAGAGUGACGUCUGGUCCUUCGGCGUGCUGCUGUGGGAGAUCGCCACGCUGGGACGAGAACCGCGUUACGAUGGCAACAGCCAGCCAACGUGCCACCAGCUCGCACGGACACUCCGGAGGGGAGUCCGGCUGAGGAGGCCUCCGGAUUGUUCCGGAGAGAUGUAUGGCGUCAUGAUGUCGUGUUGGCGGGAAAGUGCACCAGCAAGACCGGGUCCUGAUAUUCUAGAGACGAAACUCAUGCAAAUGUGUCAUACGAUGAUAAUAGAAAAGGAAUCCACAGUUUGA